CAAGAACAAAAACAACGACACAUUGGGAAGCGUUCAAAUCUCAUGUUCCUUGGCACGUUGCAAUUGUCAUUUGCUCUCUACAACGCUCCUACUUCUCCACCCACUCUUUUUUCUCACCUUUCACCCCUUUUUCAGUGUGUUUGGUGAAGGAAAAUGAGAAGAACUUGCUGAGAUUGAAAAAUUGAUCAGUUUUUGCUUUGAAGUUUGAACUUUGGGGUUUUUUGAUGGAGUUUCCUACUAUUUAUGCUUCGAGGGCAUAUUCAAAAAUGAAACUUUGGACCUUUUUCUUACUCAUGGUGUUACUUAAGAGUGAUGAUGUUGUUGUGUAUUGUGGCUCGGAUUACUUGGUUGGUCUUGGAAGCUAUGACAUCACUGGCCCUGCUGCUGAUGUUAACUUGAUGGGGUAUGCUAAAGCAGAACAAGUUGCAUCUGGUAUUCAUUUCAGGCUAAGGGCUCGUGCUUUCAUAGUUGCAGCGUCGGAAGGUAAUAGGAUUGUGUUUGUGAAUCUUGAUGCUUGCAUGGCUUCGCAGAUUGUGACAAUCAAAGUAAUUGAGAGGCUGAAAGCCAGAUAUGGUGAUCUAUAUACUGAAAAAAAUGUAGCUAUUAGUGGAACUCACACUCAUGCUGCUCCUGGGGGUUAUCUUCAAUAUUUUCUGUAUAUUAUAACAUCUUUUGGAUUUGUGCGUCAGUCCUUUGAUAUCAUUGUUGAUGGCAUAGAGAAAAGCAUUAUCCAGGCUCAUGAAAAUCUCCGUCCUGGAUCAAUAUUUGUUGAUGAAGGAGAACUCUUAGACGCUGGUGUGAAUCGCAGUCCCAGUGCUUAUCUCAAUAAUCCUGCUGCAGAGAGAAGCAAAUAUAAGUAUAAUGUUGAUAAAGAAAUGACUCUCUUAAAGUUUGUUGAUGAUGAGAGGGGACCUAUUGGAAGCUUCAAUUGGUUUGCUACUCACGCAACUUCAAUGGGUCGUAGAAACUCAUUAAUCAGUGGGGAUAAUAAAGGUGCGGCUGCGCGGUUUAUGGAAGAUUGGUUUGAGAAGAAAGAUUCUGGAAGAAUGGAUUCUUCUGAACUCGAAAAUGAUGGCCUUCCUGGACUUAGUGAUUAUCAUGGAAAACAGGAAGCAGUUGAUCCUUGGGCAUAUGCACAUUCUGAACAGGAUUUGUCUGUAUGUCCUCAAUCACACCUCAAAUCAUAUCAUGAAUUACUGGAACUUGCUGCCUCUUUCCAGUCUCCUCCUGGUAGACCAACAACCAAAACUUCGAGCGUUACUAGACGGGUGAGAGGUGCUCCUAGGAAUGUUGACAAGCCUAGAUUUGUAGCUGCAUUUUGCCAAUCAAAUUCUGGAGAUGUUAGUCCUAAUGUUCUUGGAGCUUUUUGUUUAGACACUGGACUACCUUGUGACUUCAAUCAUAGUACAUGUGGAGGGAAGAACAAAUUAUGCUAUGGCCAAGGACCUAGUUAUCCAGAUGAAUUUGAAAGUACCCGCAUUAUAGGGGAAAGACAAUUUAGAAAAGCAGUGGAUCUUUUCAAUGCAGCAGAUGAAGAGAUUAAAGGGGAGGUUGAUUUUCGACAUGCCUAUAUAGAUUUCUCGAAACUUGAAGUAACUAUUUCUGAUCAAGGACCUGACAAGGUUGUAAAGACAUGCCCUGCCGCAAUGGGUUUUGCAUUUGCUGCUGGAACAACAGAUGGACCUGGAUCUUUUGAUUUUAAGCAAGGUGACAAUAAGGGCAGUCCUUUCUGGAAGCUAGUCAGCAACUUGGUUAAGACAGUAAGCAAGGAACAAAGAGACUGUCAGCACCCAAAGCCCAUUUUGCUUGAUACUGGUGAAAUGAAUAUACCAUAUGAUUGGGCACCUUCAAUACUUCCAAUUCAGAUCCUCCGAGUUGGGCAGUUCGUUAUUCUUUGUUUACCAGGAGAAAUCUCAACAAUGGCUGGGAGGCGACUACGCGAUGCAGUGAAGACGGUACUAAGUAGUCACAAAGAUUUUGAAAACGUUCAUGUUGUUAUAUCAGCGUUGAGCAAUGCUUAUUCGCAGUACGCGACUACAUAUGAAGAAUACCAUGUGCAAAGAUAUGAGGGUGCUUCUACAUUAUUCGGGCCACACACGUUGAGUGCAUACAUUCAAGAGUUUAAGAAGCUCGCAAAGGCUCUCAUCAGUGGCCAACCAGUAGAACCCGGUCCACUACCCCCUAAUCUUCUGAAUAAGCAAGUAAGCUUGCUACCACCAGUUGUGGUGGAUGCAACCCCUUUCGGAGUAAAUUUUGGUGAUGUUUGCUCUGACGUACCUCAGAACUCCACCUUUAAGAGGGGUGACAUUGUAACGGUUUCAUUCUGGUCGGCGUGCCCUCGUAACGAUCUUAUGACUGAAGGAACCUUUGCCCUGGUGGAAUUUCUCCAAGGAAAAGAUACCUGGAUUCCUGCUUAUGACGACGAUGAUUUCUGUCUGCGUUUUAAGUGGUCAAGGCGUUUUAAACUCAGUCCUAUGAGUAAAGCAACCGUGGAAUGGAGGAUACCGCAGGGUGCGACUCGUGGUGUGUACAGAAUAAGUCACUUUGGUGCUGCAAAGAGCUUAUUUGGAUCGAUCAAUCACUUUACAGGUUCAUCCAGUGCGUUUGUAGUAGUAUCAUAAAAUACAUUUUUAUUCACAUGUCACAGCCAUUACUAUAUUUGUUAAUGAUUUCUUGCGUUGAACCUCAGCAAAAUUCAUUCCAUCCUAAAGAAGGGUGUUGGCAAUAUAUAGGGGAAUCCUGAAUUUUGUGAUAUAUGAUUGUAAUCAAUCAUUGUGUUUACAUUUAUUAUUACUACUAGUGACUUUUGGGAUUAGUAGUUAAUUAUAGGAAUUGUCAAUUAUUUGUUUGCUUUGCA